UCAACUCCUCCCUUUCCCGCCCCGUGACGCUAUUCGUGACGACAGUACGGUGUCUUUAGCUAUGGGCGUCUAGCUACCACCAAAGUAUAGUUAUAUAUUUCUAGGAAUUGUUUAUAUUUAGUUACAUGUUUGCAUACAUCUGAACAAUGAGUGAACCACAGCAAGUGAGCGCACUUCCCCUGCCACCCAUGCAGUAUGUUAAAGAGUACACUGAUGAGAAUGUUCGCAAAGGCCAAGCUCCUAAACCGCCACCUCCUGUUAAAGACUGUUACACUAUGUUUGGUAACCAGUUCCAGUGUGAUGAUCUCAUCAUCCGUCCUUUAGAGAGCCAGGGCAUUGAGCGGUUGCAUCCAUUGCAAUUUGACCACAAAAAGGAGCUAAAAAAACUUAACAUGUCUAUCUUGGUCAAUUUUUUAGAUCUUUUAGAUAUUUUAAUCAAAAGUCCUGGAAGUAUAAAGCGGGAAGAAAAAAUGGAAGAUUUAAAACUGCUUUUUGUCCAUAUGCAUCAUCUUAUUAAUGAAUAUCGACCACAUCAGGCUAGAGAGACUUUAAGGGUAAUGAUGGAAGUGCAGAAACGUCAGCGCUUGGAAACAGCAGAAAGGUUCCAGAAGCACUUGGAGAGAGUUGUAGAAAUGAUUCAAAAUUGUUUGUCUUCCCUUCCUGAUGACUUGCCACAAGCAGAUGGAACAUUACUAGUAAAAAUUGAACAAAUGGAUGUUGAGGAGGCAAACAUUUGUGUUGAGCAGAGAGAACAACAAUUGGACCAAGCUUCUGCUAACAAAGAGCCUUCAUUGGAUAAGGAUGCUGCUAUGUGUAAAAUUAUAGAUGAAAUGACAUGAGCAUGUAUAUUUUUUUCAAUUCACUCGCUGUAAAUAUUUCUUUUAGAAAUCGUUUUUAUUGGUGCUGAAUGAAAGUUUUUUCUUUAUUGAAAUUGAUUUAUAAAAAUGUAUAUAAACUUUAUAGUUUAAAUAAAACAGUCACUACAUC